AUGGCAGCCUACUUCUUUGCCACGCCAGUCGACAUAGAAGUCCGCCUCGAUGGAGAGGACGUCCGUAAGAAGGUGGACAUGAAAGUGGAGAAGGAGAAAGCCGUUUCAUGCCCAGUCUAUUACGAUGGAGAGUCGGUUACUGGCCAGGUGGUCAUACGCGUACGGGACGGCAAGAAGUUAGCGCACGACGGUGUAAACGUCCAGUUCAUAGGCAGCAUUGAGCUCUUCUACGACAGAGGUCAUCAUCAUGAAUUCCUAUCACUAUCCCAAGAAUUGGCCGCGCCAGGGGAGAUGCGGCAAGCUCAGACGUAUGACUUUUCGUUCAAGAACGUAGAGAAACAAUAUGAAAGCUAUCAGGGCAUAAAUGUGAAGCUAAGAUACUUCAUUCGCGUCACUGUCUCCCGGCGAAUAGCGGACAUUACGAAAGAGAGAGACAUUUGGGUACAUUCCUUCCGGAUGCCUCCAGAUAGUAACAAUUCCAUCAAGAUGGAGGUCGGAAUAGAGGACUGCCUACAUAUUGAAUUUGAGUACAACAAGUCGAAAUACCAUUUGAAGGACGUCAUUGUCGGCAAGAUUUACUUCCUGCUUGUGCGGAUAAAAAUAAAACACAUGGAGUUGUCCAUCAUCCGACGGGAAACCACUGGCGCACCGCCGAACCAGUACAACGAGAGUGAGACCAUCACCAAAUUCGAAAUCAUGGAUGGUGCUCCUGUUCGGGGCGAGACGAUCCCGAUCCGUCUGUUCCUCGGGGGCUUUGAGCUGACACCGACGUUCCGAGACGUAAAUAAGAAGUUUAGCACGCGGUACUACCUCAACUUGGUCCUCAUUGACGAGGAGAACCGACGUUACUUCAAGCAACAGGAAAUCACCAUCUUCAGGAUACCAGAGGUAAAGAGGCCGCACUAA